GAAUUUGAAAUGUUGGAAUAUUUAUUUUGAAACGACGGCUAUAGCAAAGGCUGAAACAAAUAUUGGUUCAAGCAAUUAGCUGGAAGAAGGAUAUUUUUGGGUAUUCUUCUAGCACUCAGCAGGUGUCUUGCAUGCUUCCACCCAUUUUGUGGAAAGUCACUAGACUCUCCAGCCCUUGAGAUAUUUACACAAAUUUUGCUUAUAAAAGUCUAAUAAAAUAAUCUUACAGAACAAAACAUAAUCUAACCUCACCUCAACAACCUUACCUACUAACCUAUCAACCUAUAACCUACCAACCAACCUACAACCUACCAAUGUGUAACCUACAGAAAAAUUGUGUAACUAGGUAUCUCAAGAACUGGAGAGUCUAGCAACUUUUCUCAAACAGGUGGCAGCAUGUGAGACACCUGCUAUAAAAUUGCCAUAUUUUGUGACUUGUUGUUUCAAUCAUUGCAGCUGCUUGGGACUUUGCUGCUGGAAGACUGUGAUUACAUAUGGAUUGGAUUCUUCCAGAUUAUUUUAAUCCCGUCAUUGCUGUGUCUCCCUCAGAGCGCAUGGCAGCAACACUCCAUGAGAGUGCCAAAACGAAUAUGUCUCAGUCUGAGGGAGAUGAUCCACCACAGCCAGCAGCUGCUCCAUCAAACUCUACUCAAAGCCCCCACAAUAUGAAAAAGACCAAUGGCAAGUCAUCUAAGAAAGGCAAGAAAUCCAAGUCUUGUAAAUCACCUCAAAGAAGUUCAAAGCAGGAUUCCAAUGUAGAUCUUCACUCAGAUUCAGCAGAUGUUCCAGCAAAGUCAUCUCAUGGCCCUGUGAGGAUAAAAGGGGUCAAGUCUAAGAAAGCCAAGACUUCCAAGUCCAAGAAAUCACCUCAAAGAAGCUCAAGGCAGGACCUGUCUGCCGGAGAUUCUCAAUCAGAGCCAGCUUAUGUUCAAUCAAAUUCACCUCAUUGCCCUCACAAGAUGAAGGAGACCAAAUGUAAGCCAGCUAAGAAAGAAAAGUCUGGCAAUUCACCAAAAAAGACAACCAAACAACCACAGCAUACUGAGGAUGCUGCAACCUGUGAAAAUGACAUCCAAGGAGCACAUACUCCUAAGAGAAAAUGUAGCUCAAAGUCUCGUCCUGCUCCCGGGAAGAAAAAAGGUCAAAAUGGUAAAAUGCCCAAACCAUGCUGUUCUCGUAAACAGGUUUCUUUCACCACACCAGCUUGUGAUGCGACAGAUCCAGAGGAGGAGGAUAUAGCCGACUCCACCACUCUGUUUGGCUCUCCUGAAUCAGAGAGUGGGACCUCAUCGGCAGGCUGGUCACGCUCUAAAGUCACCUAUGCAGUGGGCAAAAAAGGUCGGAUGUCCACGCCUAAAGCCCGGAGACGGCGAGCAGCUCCAGGCUGCAAACGCCACCUGAAGGCCGGAGCCGCGCCUCGCCCGGCCUCGGAUCGGUCUGCGGCACCAGUCAGCCACCCAAAACGCACUCGCCGAAACGCACUAGUGGUCGCCAAGCCGGCGGUGUUGUUCCGUGACCCGAACGAUCCUCUGGGGAUGCUGUCGGCGGCCUUCAGCCCGGGUCUGCCGGUGGCCGGCCCGUCCGGGUCGACCGCGCCGCCGGCGACGGUCAGCGCCGGGCCCGAGACGGCCGGCCCGUCCACCUCAGCGGAGACAGAGGAGGAGGAAGACAUGGAGCCACUGGACGAUCAGCAGUUCGACCAGGAAAUCCAACGCAAGGCCACUAAAGCCAAAAUCAGCGUGCGAAACGUCAAACACAUCAUUAAGAGCAUCAUCAGCAAUGAACAGGUGUUGGCCAUGAUGCGUUACGCCGAGUCCCGCGAGGCAAACCCUGACGGCGCCACGCUGCCGCCGUCGAUGGAGCCCAAGAUGACGCGUGCGCGCGCCCGUCAGCUGGCCGACACCCACCUGACGCAGCUGCCUCUGACGCCGGUGAAGCGCGGCUCGACGGCCGACCAGCUGAUCGCGCAGGAGUUUCCAGAGGACGACGAUGACGACGAGUACACUCCCGAGAAGGAGGUGGACGAGAGUGUCGCCACCGCGUCCCCGUGCUCGUCCCCGGCGCUCUCCUCGCCCCGCUCGCCGUCCGUCUGCUCGUCGCAGCCGCAGACCCCGCGCACACCCGGCUCGGUGGCCAGCGAGGCCGACGAGCCGCUCAGCCGCCGCACGCGCAGCCGGCUGCCGCUCAACGAUAUGGCGCUGGAGGAACUGGAACGACUGCUGGUGGCGCCCGAUGUCGAGCCGGACACCUACUUCCCUGUGGACGACGAGGACGAGGACUGGGUCGGCUUCCUCCGCGGCUUCAGCGCUCCUCCGACCUCCACCGACGCCCCGGAGGAGGAGGAGGAGGAGGACGAGGAGUAUGUGUUCCAGGUACAGGAGGAAGAGGAGGUGGAGCGGGAAGAGAUGCGCAGGGACCCGGCCGUGCGCAUCCCGCAGAAAGAGGUCAACAAGCUGAUGCUGGAGCUGAUGAAGGACGUGGAUGAGCUGCAGUGGACCGACCUGCCCGACCCCAACCAGCUGCCCACCCAGCCGAUCCGCAUCCCCAAGACGCCGCUGACCAUGAUGACCGACAGCCAAGCCAAGCAGCUCGACCACCAGAUGAUCGCGCACGUGCAGCUGCUGGCGCAGACGCACAUGCUCUGCUCGGAGCACGACUGGCUGCGCGCCGAGCAGGCCGGCUGCGCGGCGCUGCUGGUCGAGCUCAACAGCCUGUCGUCGACGCUGCACCCGGAGGACCCGACGCGCUCCUUCUUUCACCCGCCCAACCUGGCUCCGGCGCUGCAGCUGGUGGCCGACGUGGAACGGAUGACCCCCGAGCAGCUGGCGGACGACCCGUCCAAAUUCUUCACGGCCUCGCGCCAACGCUACUGCCGCCUAGCAGACUGGAUUCUCGACCAGCUAAUGUCCAGCACGGCGUUCGUGUUUCCCGAACUAUUGCCGGUGAUGUGUGCCCUGCGACCCGAGGACCAGAACCGACACCGCUGGACCACGCCCGCCAUCGACCAGCUCAUCGCCAUGGGUUUGGAGAUGUUCACCAAGUACGCCCAGCGGCCCGGCCAACGGCGAGACAUCUGUCCCUUCGGCGUCUGCCGGCUCAUGGCCGAGUACAUGCUGCCGACGACGCGACGUCGACUGGUGGAGCGCAUUGCGAGCGUUCGCUCCCUACGUGAUCCGACCAAUCCGAUCCAACAGUAUUUGGACAAGAAGCGUGCGCCCCCGGUACCCAUUGUCGACGCGCUGCCCAAGUACCCGCUGACGCCGCUGAAAGCCAGGGUCAAGGAUCUGCCGGAGCCCUGGUACUCGCUGGAGUACCGCGGCAAUGGGUUCUUUCUGACGGUGAGCGACAAGAAGGGUGUUGUCAGUGUGCCUCAGCACGAUGCCCUCUUGGGCGGGGUCCGCCAGCCUGUGACCAGGGUGCUCAGACAGUGUAAACACUGCAGAGAAACCGACUACCAGCAGCGCUACGCCCAUAGGCAAUGGAAAAAGAACGAAGACGGUGAGUGGGAGAAAGUCGGCAAGCGAUGGCGCUGGCGGAAGCGCAAAUCCACCAAGAAGGCCUCCUCGGAUGGUGAUCCAAGCUCGGGCUGCGAAGAAACUCCGGUGCAGGGCGACAUACUGGCCAUGUGUAUGCCGGCCAUCACAGACGACUCGCCGGCCGCGUCCGAUCACGAGGAAGAAGUUGAGGACCCUCUCGACAUCGGAUCGCUUGCAGCCGACGAUCCGAUCGGCGUCGAAUCCUAUGCAGCUGACGACCCGCCUGUCGAUGCUGCGGAGGAGGCUGAGGCUGAGGAGAGUCGGAACGAGCAGCAGAGUCCACCGUCGGGGGACCAGCUGAGAUCCAGACAGCCGCGGACCGCGCAGAAGACGAUGCUGACGGACGCCUCGAAUGGCGAGGAGCUGGUGACUGUGGUGAGUGAGGAGGAUGGCACGGCUCCUUCUGAAUCUGUCGGCUCCCCCGCGCCGGUCCUCGCCGACGGCCAGUCGCGGGAGGUGUCUGACGCGGGCAAGAGGCCCACCGGUAUCGUGGUGACGGCGAUCGCGGCGCCGGCCGGGCCCGGCCAGGUGCGCCUGACGCCCUCCGGCGGCUCGGUGAUCGAACUCAAGGAGGAGGACGGCCGACUGGUGGUGUUUAUCCGCGUGCCCGGCCGUCCGACGCUGCGCGUGCCGGUGCGCGCCUCGUCCGGCUCCACGCGGCUGCUGCUGCCGCCCACGCUGGUCCUGCAGGAGGCCGCGGCCGGCCAGCCCAGCACGGCCGGGUCGGCCAAACAGACCGGAGUGGUGGCGCCCACCGUGCGCCAGCAGGAGCCCCAGCAGGAGCCGCCCGCCGUCCUCACACCGCCCCAGACUCAGGAGACGGACGGCCCGCCCGAGCCGCCCCCGCCGGAGCCGAUGGAAGAGGACGGGCCGCCGGAGCCGUCCAGCGACACGCCCCUCCCUGAGUCACCACUGCCUGUGAGUGCAGAGCCCGACCCGUCACCGCGCACAGACACGGCCGAGAAAAACCUGUUCAAGGCACCACUCGCUCCACCGCACAAGAUAACUCCACCGCGCAAGAAAGCUACGCCGCACAAGAAAGCUGCGCCGCUCAAGAAAGCUACGCCGCUCAAGAAAGCUUCAAAAGUCACUGUGCAGCACCUGCUCCGACGGAGCCCGCGUCUCAGUAAGUUGUCCGCGCCGCCGGAGUGGCUGAGGGUUUCUGAGGUCUACUCAGUGACGGCAAACACGACUGGCACUGCGGCGAGUGGUGACGCGUCUGCGUCGACGAGUGGCGGCUCGGCGGCGGGCGGUGACACCACGGCUGACGGACGAGCUGGCAGUGAGUCGUCACGCGGUGCCAACGCCAGUGCGGGUGACGCCGCCACGCUCGGGUCGCCUCCUGCCGACCGUGGCGGGCCGAGCGGCGUGUCCCAGCCGGGCGGUCCAGCCCCGGCGGCCGGCCCGAGCCCAGCGGACGUGCCCACAAUGCUACCUCCCUCUCUGAUGACCCCGCUGCGGCCGUCCUCCCCGCCGACCGAGUCGGGCCUUCUGCUGGGCUUCCCGACCCCGAACAUCACACCGGCGCCGACGGCGGACGGCGGCGAGCCGUCCACCCCGGCCAUGCUGGAGACGCCUCUGGUGCGGUCCCCGCCGGCGCACGCCCUGCUGGAGACGCCUCAGCCGCAGCGCUCGCCGCCCCGCUCACCGAACACGCCGCCGCCGCCGCCGCCGCAGCUGACGGCAUCCAGCGACAGCCACUCGAGUAUGAGUCUGAGCUUCUUCCGGAGGACGGUGGGCGCCGUGCAGGCGGCGGCCGAGGCGGCCGGCCCCCCGCCGGAGCAGCAUCUCACCUCUGAGCAGUCGCUCGGGGGAGUACUGGACGCCCUGCUGACCAGACCAACGGAAGGACAGACUGAGGGCCAGCCAGAGACGGUGAAGGUGGAGGCGCGGGAGUCUGCGCCGCCGGUCUCAGCGUCAGCGGCGGAACGGACAGCCGAUAUCAAGCCGGCUGUCAGUGGGGAGUCCAGCGUGGAACCAGGGACUGCCAACACCCCUGCCGCCGCCCCCGCUGCUGCUGCCGCCGCCCCCGUCCCCGCUACCCCCACCACCACCUCCACUGCCGUCCAGCCGCCGUCAGCCUCGCCGGCGGCGAGCGGUAGUCGCUCUCAGGGUGUUCGAACUCGCAGCGAGUCAGCGUCCGAGGCGGGCACCCAGCGCGCGCCGCAGACGGAUACUAAGCCGGUGCUGCCGGCAGAGGCGACGGAGGAGACUGCUGCCCAGACAGAGGAGGACCGGGAGCUGGCCAGCUCCUCUGCCCUGCCGUCGGGCCGCAGCAGUCGUCCAAAGCGCAGCCGCCAGCAGCGCGAGGCGGAGCUCACUCGUCUGGCGGUGGCGCCCGAGUCGCCGACGGUGCGCGAGCGGCGCGAACAGGCCCUCUCUGAGAGCUUCCUGCAGCGCGUCCGGGAGUGCACCGAGAGCGUCGACCCUGCCAUCUACCAGCGUUUCGAGAAGCUGCUGCUCGACUUCCCGGAGAGCGCCGACGACGAGGUGACUCUGUACGACUCCGUGUGCGGCCUGCUGCGCGGCUUCCCCGACCUGGCAGACGAGUUCCUGAUGUACGUGUCGGAGGAUGUGGCCGUACGCCGCGGUCUGGUGGCCAAACACGCCCGGCUGGCGCGCCUACAGGAGCUGGCGCGAGGGAUCGACGCCGUCAACGCCGCCCACCCGUCCCAGGUGCUCAAGCUGGCGCGGUCGCUGACCCAGCUGACCAGCCGUGGGGAGGAGGUACGCCCGGCCGACCUACAGGCCGCCGUGCAGCCUCUGGUGCGCGGCUGUCCGCUGCUGUCUGCCCAGCUGAGUAGCCUGCUCGACUCCGAGACGCCGCAGCCGGAGCUGACGCGCCGGGAGGUGGACUUCCAGACGGCCGCGCUGGACGCUGAGCCGGCUGACCAGUUCGAGGAGGUGACAGAACUGGAGGCCGACGAGCCGGACCCGUACGGCACAGAGCGCUGUCCGUGCGCCUGCCACAGCGACGGAGAGGAUGUGCGCUUCCUGCAGCGGCGCCGCCACUGCGAGCGCUGCGGACUGCGGUUCAUGGCGGGAAGGGUCUAUCUGCAGACGGGCAAGGUGCUGCGCCCGGCGCGUGUCGUCAGCUGCUCAGAGCCGGAUGAGCCGUCCACCUCCGCUGCGGAGCCGAGCCGCGGGGACAGCUCACCGCCCCCGAAACGGGCACGGAAACGGACCGUGUCCCGGGGCCGGCGGUCGCGGCCCUCGCCGGCUGCGCGGACCGGCUCCUCCCCACCGCCGCCCCCGCGAGACCCGACCCCGCCGCCCUCCGAGCCGGCACCCCCGCCCCCGGCGGCAGCGGCACCGGCAGCCGCCCCCAAACGGGAGCCGGGUCCGUCCGAGCCCGCUGAGUCGGAGCCGGCGGCGGAGCCAGCUCCGUGGAGCCGCGACGACGACCUGGAGAUCCUGACGAGCUGCCAGCGGAGCGGGGACGGCGAGAAGACGUUCCGAGCCAUCCAGCGCCGCCUGCCGACCCGGUCUGUGGCCCAGCUGCGCAACCGCUUCCAGCAGUUGAUGGAGAUGCUGCAGCAGCAGAUGGGCCAGGAGCCAGACGAGUUUGUUGACGAGGAGUGAGGAACGCGUCAGAGGAGAUGGGAAGUUGAUGAACUACGACUGACGGGCGAUGAAGGGUAUUCAGGAAGAUUCAGUGCCAGUUUACAAGAGGGGAGGUUUGUGUUCGAAGUCUACAUUGUACCUAAACGAUUGCGUGUGAUGAUAAGAAUCGACUCAGUGCUGUGCGACAAAGAAGCCAGCUGGUUGAAGGGAAACCAACAAACAGAGCUGCUGCUACUCGCAUAUGUAGCGACGCUGGGGGACAUUGUGCGGGUCGUCCACUCUCUGUGUCGCGUGUCCAGAGCGUUGAAGGACCAUGACGGACCAAUUGAGGUGUGCUGGUGCUGCCCGGGCAGGGGUGUUCUACAAAUCGGCGCGGUCGGCUGUCAGUUCGGUAACAAGCCUGUGAUUAUUUUGUAUCGUGUGUUCACCAUCACUCACCAUUGGCGUGCCUCAUAAUGUCUCCUCCUUAGCUAGCGGGUUUGUAGUUUAAUCGUGAACUUGUUACAGUAUUUUUAGGAAGUGAAGCUGUGAGCUUACUGAAGCGAAGUACAAUAAAAGUUUGACAAACUGCAA